AUGAGGUCUUUGAGUGCAUGCUUGUCUGCGUUUUGCCGUAGUAGGGUCAGUUUUCCGAUGACUAAAUUACAAUUCCUUAGAUUUCGGGUUUUCGGUAUCCUGUGUCGCAGAUUUGGACUAGGAGAAUUUAAAAAACAACGACUUAAUUCAGAAAUCUUAAUUUAAAAUUCUCUGAUGUCUGAAUAAAUGAAAUGAAUGAAAUUCAGAAGGAGAAGACAUCGAUCGACGAAACUCUACGAGCUGGAGGUGGAAAAGAAGAGACGCGGGAGCAUCAAAUCAGAAAAAGAGGAGUCAGGAUCAAUUUGUUGCUGACUCUUGUCCAAAAACGUGCCACUGCCAUCCACCACUGGAGUGCUGAUGGAGAUUCAUCAUCGAAAGAACUUAUUGCGCAGAUUCAGAAGCAGAUCGCAGAUAUUUAUCACGUCUUCGCCCUGGAAACUCUGAAGGUAUGCUCUAUAUCAAGAUUCAGAGUUGAGACUUUUUUUGGAAAAGAAAAAUCGGUUACAGUCGUUGAGCGAAGACUGCGACACAUCGACGCGACACGACCGUUUGUUGGCGGCGACGACUUUGGUCGCUCUCACGCGACAUGCACAGCUCGUCGCCGAAGCCCUUUCUUCUUGAACGCCAAGCGUCUUUUAUGUUAA